AUGGCAGAGGAUCCAACUUUCGAAGUGGAGACUCGCAAGAUCAUCUUUUACGGCAAGCAUGAGUGGUGCCCCACUCAGAAAAUAGUAGAGGAGCGAACCUUUUUCUCCUUCACGAAGUGGUCUGCACAGCUGACUCGCAUGAUGACCGGCAAGCGACUUCAGCUUGCGGGUGGGCGGGCUGCAGAAAGUGGUUCCUUUAACGUGCCAGUGAUCGGCAAGAUCGUGGAAGCCCGGCAGUCGGCCUGCGACAAAGCCCUUGAGGAAGCUCUGAAAGUUGAGGAUGGGUCGGGCGACGAGGAUCAGCAGCCGAAGAAGAAAGCCAAGAAAACCAUUCGAAGGGCAUCGGCCAAAGACCUCCACCUCCUUCCUGAAAUAGUCGACGUGUCGGUGGCUGAAUUCCAGAUGUCCCUGCUUUCGGAGGGGCUGCCGACUGGAACGAUCUGGAUGGAGCUCCGUCCCGAAAACCUCUCCUGGCUCAAGUCUUGUGUCGACAAGGAAGAGGCAAAGCCUCGUCAGAAGAAGGGGGAGGCCAAGCCAAAGAAGCUGGGUCCUUUUUUUGCCAUGCUGGCUUUCGGCUUUCUGAAUGGCCACAUGCCCACGGCGGAGGAGGCGGACAGCUUCGAGGCCUGCGGCCUCAACGAGCCGUUCACCUCGAAGGCCAAGGGCAAGUGGUACAACGACAAAGGAGCCGGGAUCAGCUGGUCUACCACCAUGGGGUGGAAGAUCCUCGGGGCUGGAGGAGAGAUCCUUUGGACCCACUCGGACAAGAAGCGGGUGGAUGUGCCGACCAGUGGCUGGGUCUACUGGGACGGCACAGCCGCUGCGAUCUGUGUGGAAGGCACAUCUUAA